CUCCUGCUUUUCUUUUUCCCUCUCUCUGUACCCUGCAACUAAUGCAGUGACAGGACCAAGCUUUCAGCAAAUCGUACUAACCCUAGCUCUCCAUCCAUCUCUCUCUCUCUCUCUCUCUCCCUCCCUCUCUCCCUCUCUCCAGAGUUAUUCUUCGCCCUCUUGCUCGCCGCGUCCCACUCGAGCUCAAUCCCGAUUCCUCCUCGGAUGAAGUAGCCAUGGACGACGACGAAGAUGGGCCGCCAGGAUUGGUGGGCGAUUUCGCCGGAGGCUCCAGCUGGCCGCACCUCGGCCCCGACGCAGACAGCGUCUACUUCCUCGGCGCCGGCGCCGAGAGCAACAUACUCAGCGAGUUCGGGUGGAGCCUCCACGCCGGCGACGAGCCGCGCCCGCCGCACGACGAGCGCGGAGUGGAGGGCCCCUGUCCCGUCGGCUUCGGGGCCUUCGAUUCCGCGGGAGCCCUCCCCGCCGGGGGAGUCGGCUGCGGCGGCGGUCGCUUCGGGAGGUCCGAUCCGUCGGCGGCGGGCGGAUCGGUCGGGGGGGAGGCGUCGACGUCGAACGCGUCGGACUCGAGCGCGAGCGAGGAUCUGCCGGAGAAGUCCGCGAGCUCCGGGGGCAAGCCGCCCGAGACACCGAAUAAGGUCCGGAGGAAGGGCCAGAAGCGGAUCAGGCAGCCGCGCUUCGCAUUCAUGACAAAGAGCGACAUCGACAAUCUAGAAGAUGGCUACCGCUGGCGGAAAUACGGACAAAAGGCCGUGAAGAACAGCCCAUUUCCAAGGAGCUAUUAUCGGUGCACAAAUAGCAGAUGCACGGUGAAGAAACGGGUGGAACGCUCCUCUGAAGACCCUACCAUUGUGAUCACAACGUACGAAGGCCAACACUGCCAUCACAGUGCCGGAUUUCCCCGAGGCGGACUUGUCAUUAGUCGCGAAGCCGGCCUCGUCGGCGGCCGCUUGGCUCCUCUCGCAACCCGUCUCGACCAUCCGCCAUUUCAGCUUCCUCAAGAAAUAAGUCCUCCUCCUGCUCGUCAUCCUCCUCCGUGUAACAAUUUACGGUCAACCCAAUUGCCGAGUACUUCAUCCGGAGAUUCACGUGCGUUGCAGGUGCAUAGCUCGGCGAAUGUCGACCAGGGAUUGUUAGGGGACAUUGUGCCUCCGGGAAUGCGUAACCGGUGAUGGAAAAGUUAAAUAUGGUACACUCUAAUCCACAUUGUCAUUUGGUCUAUAGAUAUGUAUAUCUAUUUAUAUUUGAACGAAAGUUCAAGCUUAUUUACCCUCGCGCCAUUUGAAUUAUUAUGCGGACCUAA